CUGGCAGCUCUGCUAAUGACAUAACAAAACAAGAGUUCAAAACAAUUUUUUUACGAUUGGCCAUGCUGAAGUUUAAUAAAAUUGAUGAAAAUCCUGAUAAUUCAAUAUAAUGCUGAAUCAAACUAUAAUACUACUGGUCCGGAGAGUGAGUACUCACAGCGUGUCCCGUUGGAACAGAUGUUUCAGCGCCAGUGUGUCAGAAAAUGUGGAAGAAAAUAAAUCCGACCCGGCUAGUUCCGUUCUCGACAAAAAUCGCUCCAACCAGCAAAAAUCGGAAAAGCUCAUCAAGGUGGCAAUCAUUGGCAUUCCCAAUGCCGGGAAGAGUACCCUAAUAAAUCAUUUAAUAAACCAUCGGGUAUGUCCAACGUCGAUGAAAGUCCACACGACCCGGAAAGCGGCCAAAGCUAUUCAAAACCGAGCCAACUCGCAGAUGAUUCUGUUCGACACUCCCGGUUUGGUUGGUGAACGUGAACGGAAGCGCCAUCAGCUAGACUCGGAAUUCGUCUCGGCCUGUCGGCAUGCUAUACAGAACAGCAACCUCGUGGGAGUGGUUCACGAUGUUUCAAACAGCUGGACCAGAAAUAGUCUGAACCCCAUCCUUCUGGAAGUGCUGCGCCAAUACGCUCACAUCCCUAGCUUUCUCGUGCUGAACAAAGUCGACACGCUGAAAUCGAAGCGGGUUCUGUUGGAUAUAGUGCGUAACAUUACCAAUAACCAGAUGGAAAACAUUAAAAAUUAUCACGUCAAGAAAAGGAAAAGCUUAGCUCAAGAGACCGACAGUAAACGCGAGCGUGAGUUGUCUAAGGAGCAGACAGGAUGGUCACAUUUUACGGAAGUUUUCAUGGUGUCAGCCAUCACCGGCGAUGGGUUGAAAGAGGUGAUGAACUUUAUCUACUCGCACGCACAACCCGGCACGUGGGAGCACCUGGCAACGGAAAACACCGAUCAAACACCAGAAAAUCUAAUAGUGCAGAGCGUCCAAGCACGGCUACUGGAUUAUCUACCCCAGGAAAUACCGUACUUGCUGCAGACCGAGCUGGAAUUCUACGAAAACAUCCGGGGACGGAUCUACGCUAGUGCCGUGGUAACCUGUCCGAAUGCGCGCCUCGAACGGUUGGUUUGCGGCGAAAGUAACGGUAAACUGCGGCAGAUCACGGAACGCGUCACGUCCGAUCUGAUCGAAACCUUCACGGCACCGGUUUCGUUGACCAUCGUGACGAGAUUGAAGAGCAAGGAAUAAGUUUUGUAGGGGAGAAUAAACGUUAAAACAAGCA